GCCGGCCCAGUCCCAACAACUCCGCCACGGGAGCGCGGGCCCACAGCCACCGCCGCCGUCCACGCCCGGCGCUUGCUCCUCCCGAUCCAGACGACCGGCGGCACGUCAGCGUCAGUCAACCCGAGGCCCUCCACAGGGCCACCCGGCGGUGCGCCUGGGCUGCGCCAGCGCCGCAGGACAGCGGGGGCUCGCAACCUCCGCUGGCCAUCCAGCAUCCUGGCCGCCUCGCCUCCGCUAGCCCCUGUAAGUGUGACUGCUCCGGCGUCGUGCCCUAUUCCCUGGGCCUUGUCAGUUUGAAUGCGCUGGUGGGUGUAUCUGAACUACUGGUUGUGCGGAUCAGUUCGAGCCAACGGGUUUAUGAAUUUAGCAGGGUUUAGUGGUACAGGCUAAAGGUGCAAAAUGGCGCAACCUUCUGUCAUUCUAGCAACUGCAAGCUAUGAUCACACAAUCAGGUUUUGGGAAGCCAAGAGCGGCCGCUGUUAUCGCACGAUUCAGUACCCAGACUCUCAAGUUAAUCGCCUUGAGAUAACCCCAGACAAGCGUUUCUUAGCUGCUGCUGGCAACCCUCAUAUCCGUCUAUUUGACGUUAACUCAAAUAGCCCUCAACCGGUAAUUAGCUAUGACUCACAUACUAGUAAUGUUAUGGCUGUGGGGUUCCAUUGUGAUGGUAACUGGAUGUACUCAGGUUCAGAGGAUGGUACUGUGCGAAUCUGGGAUUUACGGACUGCGACUUGUCAGCGAGAAUAUGAAAGUCGAGCAGCUGUCAACACAGUAGUCCUACACCCAAAUCAGAAAGAACUAAUAUCUGGUGAUCAAAAUGGAAACAUACGUAUGUGGGAUUUGGCUGCUAACUCAUGCAGCUGUGAGUUGGUACCAGAGGUGGAUACUGCUGUAAGAUCUCUGACAGUCAUGUGGGAUGGGAGUAUGGUGGUUGCUGCAAAUAACCGUGGGACAUGUUAUGUUUGGCGCCUACUUAAGGGUACACAGACAAUUACCUGCUUUGAACCCCUCCACAAAUUGCAAGCCCAUGAUGGCUACAUUCUGAAGUGCCUACUUUCGCCAGAAUUCUGCGAUCCUAACAGGUAUCUUGCAACAGCAUCAUCUGACAGCACUGUAAAGAUUUGGAAUGUUGAUGGCUUCAAGUUAGAAAGAACUUUAGUAGGUCAUCAACGCUGGAUUUGGGAUUGCGUGUUCUCAGUUGAUGGUGCUUAUUUGAUUACAGCUUCAUCUGAUACUACUGCGAGACUGUGGACGAUGUCGACCGGAGAGGCCAUCAGGGUGUACCAGGGACAUCACAAGGCAACCGUCUGUUGUGCUUUACAUGACGGGGCUGAAUCAGCUCCCUCAUAAGUCAUAAGCACCGUAGAACUUUGUAUUAUGUACAUAGCUCUGACUGCCUAGUUUCCAGCAUUGCUGUAACUUGAGAACAUGUGGCUACUGUAAUGAAACUGUACACAACCAUAUCUGGAGUUUCGUUCGAGGUAAUUUGGAUGCUAGUAUUUGUCAAAUUGUUUUAGGAAUUUGCUGAUAUACAAUUAUUUAUGCAGAACUGGAGCCUAAAGCACUCCCUCCA